AUGGCCCCCAUCAUCCUCCUCGCCCUCCUCGCCAUUCUGCCCCUAACAAACCCCUGCCCAACCCCCUUCCCGCUCCCCUCCCCCCUAUCCAACACAACCUCCCCCCUCCACCCCCGCUCCUACGGCCUCCCCGCCCCCCACCCAAACAACCCGCACCCGGGCCCUUGGCCCACCACAACCCCCGGCACGCAACCCCUCCGCUACUGCUACGCCACAACCACCGACUACGACUCCCUCAACGCCAUCGUGUUCGCCGCCAUAAACCUCUGGAAACCGGCCCUGAAACCCAACUCCGCCCUGGAGAUUGUGCCGGAUAAUGGGGAUCCUGAAGGAUGUAUUUGUGGCGCGGAGGGAGUCACUGGGGAUGCGUUGAAUUUGAGGGAUUAUUCCGGGGAGAGGGUGACGGUUGCUAGUGUUGGAUGGGAUCCCACCGUCAAAGGCCUAGAGAGCCACAGCUGGCACGAGCUGCGGUUCGCGAGGGUGGAUACGCCGGUGGAUGGGCAGGGGAAGGCGGGAAAGGUUGGGGAGAGGGAUGUUGUGAGGAUGGCGCAUGAGAUUGGUGGGUAUCAAUUCGCCUUCCUGGGACGAUUGAGGAGUACUGAUCUUGGGUGUGUAGGUCAUGCCCUCGGUUUUGAGCACGAACAUCAGCGUCCAGAUGCGGCGAAGUUCAUUGAGUUUGAUUGUAAGGUGUUGAUGGGGUAUGCGCAGAUGAAGAGUAACAUCGCCGCUGGCACAGCCAAUGGAUUCCAGAGUGGCGACACGAUCGAGAGAGCCUGCACCGACCUCCCCACGGCCCUCCGCCUCGGCUGGUCCGAAGUCACCCAACGCCUCCCGAUAAUCCAACCCCCCAACACCCUCGGCGCCUACGUCCCGUCCGCGGCCAUCGACCUCUCCUCGAUCAUGAUGUAUGGCAGUUUCGACUCGCACAUGGCGGGCGUGGAUCCGAACAAGUUCGACGACAAAGGCGCCGGGGCGGUGUUGAAGGCGUUCACGGAGAAGAAGUCGAAGAUUCCGGGGAAGAAGGCGAAGCGCGAGUAUUCGAGGGUGAGUAUGGGGGGCAAGUGGCCGCCGAGGUAUGUCUCGAGUGUGAGUGAGGGGGAUGUGACGUGGGUGAAGGCGAUGUAUCCGAAGACUUGA